AUGUUGAUUUGUAUUUACACCAGAGAGAGGGAGACGUCCUCGUACGCACAGAAAUACCUGAGUGAACGUCUGCAAUGUCCGAUUCUUACGCAAUCAGCGCCCGAGCUGUGUUUUCCGCACCAGAUAAAGUACGGCAUACUCACGCUCACCGACGUGGCCGACUGGAGGAAAUACGAAAUCUCGUGUUCGCUUCUUCUCAUAAUAUUUACUGAGCACACAGAUCCUGCUUUUUAUGACGAUGUGUGUGCGAUCAACAAAUUUACGUACAAGGUUCAGUAUUUGAACGGGUGCAGGGAUAAGCUGCAUCUGAGAGCGCAGCUUGACGAGCUUCAGUUAGAGGUACGGCCGGCAUGGGAAAGGUACUUCAUGGACAUCGCCACGUUCGUGUCGUACAAGUCGGCAUGCGCAAAGCGAUGUGUUGGUGCUAUUCUGGUCAAGGGCAAUAGGAUUGUGAGCACGGGAUACAAUGGCACAGCCGUGGGCACGCUCAACUGCAUGGAUGGUGGCUGUCCGCGCUGCUGUGGUGGAACGCCAUCCGGCAGCAACCUUGAUCUUUGUGUGUGCCUGCACGCCGAGGAAAGUGCAAUGAUGGGUGUGUUCAGCGAGAGGUUGGAUGGAUGCGAUCUGUACGUCACGUUAUUCCCGUGCCUGCUGUGUACAAAGAAGAUUAUCCAGGCGCAGAUCAAAAGGGUCAUAUUCAGGAACUACUACUGUGCGAGCGAUGUUGAGUCAAGGAAGUUGCUGGAAAAGCUUGGAAUUGAGGUGAAGCGGUACUUGGAUGAGCGGAAGGUAUGA